CAAAUAAAUAAGUACACACGCAAUGCAUGUGUGAGCACAUGCACACACACACACACCUCAAAGAUACAUGUGCAAAGUUCAAACAAUGCAAUUACAUACACAUGAACAGGAAAACACAACACACCAACCUGAAUGCAUAACAUAACACAUCUAUACAUCACACGUCCAUGCUUUCACAACACAAGUAUACAAAAGCAUGUUAAUAAUAGUAAUAAUAAGGCACAUAUGCAAAUCACACAAACAUGCAUGUGCAACACAUGUAUGGACCACACAAACACGCACACACAAUACAUGAGCACACCAUACACAACACAACAUAACACACACACACAACCUCUGGGAACAGCCUUUUCUGCCGGCUGAUUCAGUAGGUCCAGUGAAGCAAAGCUGCCUCUGCCCCUUUAAUUCCAGCCACACCUUUGCUGGUUAAACAGGUUUAAGGUCCAGGCAAAGGGAAGAAGCCUCAGAAACAUUCACAACCGGGGACAGCCAUCCGCAAAACUGCUCCACUUUCCAAGUGGAGAACAGCAAUGACAGAGGACAGCAACUAGACUCUGCACCCUUAAAUAGGCGAUACAGUCUAUUGCCCGUACCACCACAAAGCCAGCCUCCCUCCGGGUCUGUCCCCAGCUGGAACGUCCCCGAAGGCCCAAGAUGGCAGCUGCUGAUCCUGUAGCUCACACAGAGAACGUGGCGCUGGUGGAGCUGAGAAAGGAGGCUCUGGAGCCCCCAGAGCAGAAGGUGGCCUGCGGCAGUGUCCAAGACAAGAAGCCAGGAGACCCUGAUGCUCCUCUGCCAUGGGACCAGUCCCGGCACUCUUCCGUGAGUGAGGUGGCCACAGAGCCCACCACCCCAUCCCGCAAGGCACCUGAGACAGAGAAGAGGCCAAGCCCUGAGGGGAGCCGCACAGGCCCCGAGCCGGGGCCUCCUGGAGACAAGGAGGUUUUCCUCGGUUCCUCCCCUCUGCAGGAAGAGGAGGAAGAAGGGAACAGAAUGCCUGAGGUGGCCAUGCAUGUUUUUGUCCCCAUCGAUCCCCACUGUAUCGAGAAGGCCCCCGGGUGCCAAAGCUUGGCAGGGGGCAGCGACUGGAAGAAGAAGCAGCAGCAGCUGGCGGAGGAGGAGGCCAUCGUUUGCUGUGAGAAGGAGAAUGGCGACCCCGAGAAACUGGCCUUCCUGACCCACGGCCCCCUGAGCUGCCCCACGCGCUACGACGACCCAGCUGGCUACGACGGUGGCCAGACCAAGCCGCUUUUCAAGAGGCUGCAGUGCCUCCAAUGCCAGGACUGCAGCUCUGCCAACCUCAAGGCCGUGGCCUCCAUGAUUGGGGCCAUGAUCAUCUUCCCCUGCUUCGUGUACGGGGCCUAUGUCUUCCUGCCCUUCGACGCCCCCCUGAUGCCAACCAUGAGCGCCCGGCUGGUCUACACCCUUCGCUGCGGAGUGUUCGGCACCUUCCCCAUCAUCCUAGGUCUGAUCGUGUACGGGGUCUCCCGCCUCUGCUUCUCCUCGGUGCAGCCCUUCGGGGAGCUGCGCCGGGAGGUGGAGAUCCACCGGCGCUACGUCUCCCAGUCCGUUUACCUCUUCAUCCUCUACUUCUUCAACAUUGCCGUGCUGGCCACCUACCUCCCUCAGGAAGCCCUGAAGCUCAUCCCGUUGCUCACGGGGCUGUUUGCCAUCUCACGGCUGCUGUACUGGCUGGCCUAUGCCAUGGGCCGCUCUUUCCGCGGCUUCGGCUUCGGCCUGACCUUCCUGCCCCUGCUGACCAUGCUCCUGUGGAACCUCUAUAGCAUGUUCAUCCUGGAGCCCGAGAACAUGGUCGCCACUGCCGCCAACGGCAAGCAGGACGCCCCGUCGGAGAAGCAGAGCCGGGCCGCGGCGCCCAAGAUGAGAUACUGGGGGUAAAAGACGGGACAAGGGGCUCUGGCAAUUGGCAGCAGGGAGGUGGGUUUGAUGGCGAUGAACAGAGCCCGGAUGGGGGGCUCGGCCGGGGCGCCCACAUUUCAGUGCGUGAGUGCCCUGAUGCCCAAGGGGCUGGUUUGCAGAAGCACUGAGCAACCCCCAAGUCCAGCUCCAGCUGGUGCAGGCUCUGAAUCCCAAGCCUUAAGUGCUGAAAUGAGUGGCCAGAUACAGACCUGGCAUGAGCCCCCAGUCCAUGCAUGAAAACCAUGGGCCCAACAGCGCCUCCUACUGGAAUCAAUCAAGCAAUUGCAUUCCACCAGCUAAUCAGCCGGCUUCACAGGGUUAAUUCUGUCCUCCCUUUAACUUGAUCCAGACCUCAACUAGCUAUUUAUAUUCAAAUCAUCCUUUCUUCCGACCACUAUACGGCAGGUGUUGGAUAAUUAGAUCAUGGAGUAACAGUCACCACUAUGGAGCCUUGGAAUAAGAAAGAUACUUGCUAAUAAAAGUGGACUUAACGUUUUCGCUGAUAAGCCUCAUUAGCUGCACUGUUAAAGGCGGGGAGAUCAGGCGCUUAGCUCUGUCUGAGCCAGGCUAACAGACUAGGGGUAUGUCUGUACGCUGCAGUGCACCUGGUGAAGACGUUCUAUGCCGAUGGGAGAGAGCUCUCGGUCUGCGUAAAAACUCCCCCCUCCGUGAGAGGCAGAAUCUAUGUUGGCAGGAAAAGCUCGUGAGGUGGGGGGGGGAGUUAGUUCAGGGUAACCGUUGCUCAGGGGGACGGAUUUUUCACACCCUGAGCGACGUCGUUAUACCAACAUAGGUUUGUCGUGUAGAUCUGGCCUCACUCAGGGCAGGGCUACACCGGAAACUUCAACGUGCUGGCGCGGGAACGCAUUGAAGUGCGAGUGUGGUCACGCACGAGCGCUGGGCGAGAGCGCUCCUGGUAAUCCACCUCCUCGAGGGGAUUAGCUCCCAGCGCUUGGAGCCUGUCCACAUUCGCGCUUUAAAGUGCUCAGACUUGCUGUGCUCAGGGGGGAGUGAUUUUUCACCCCCCCCGAGCCAGCAAGUUAGAGGGCUAUAAAAUGUAAGUGUAGACAAGCCUUCAGAGGGUCACCGCGAAAUACAAGGUGGAACAGAUUAUUUAGCAUAACAUAUUUCAAGGGACCAUUUAAGGUGAAGUGGCCCGUUAACACCCCUCCAGUCCUAGGGAGGAAAGGAAUGGGGGGAAAGAGUUAUUAGUGGGUUUCAGCUUGUUCAAAUAAGCCAUAAAUCCAGCGUCUCUAUUCCGCCCAUGGUUUUUAUUGUCUAGCAAAGUUAACGGGCCACAUCCCCAUGAACGGUCCCUUGAAAUAUGCGUUAAGUACUUCUGUUCCACCUUGCAUUUAGCUGUGACACUGGGUUUCCCAGACCUGAACAACUCUGUGCAGCUGGGAAGCUGGUGUCUCUCACCAACAGAAGUUGGUCCAAUACAAGAUAUUGCCUCGCCCACCUUGUCUCUCUAGACUGGAAUAAGCAGCCAGAGCUGUGGCACUGUGAUUUCACCCACUUUCCGGGGGGGACGGGACUUGCUUUGACUCAUUCUUGCAAACAGGAACGUGUACAGCACCAGGGGCUCUUAGGCCAGACUGAUGUACAGUCUUCUGGAUUGUGUAUUGAUUUUGGCAAGGUGCGGCCAUCUCUGAGGCUAACAGCUGUGGCUGGGGCUAUUUUCCUUUCAGUUGUGAAACGCUACAGGGCAAACAGUGGAUGGAGGGCAUAGGGGACAUGCAGAAUCAGUAAACAGCUUCCCCGGGCAAGUGGAAGAACAAGUUUCAUCAGUGGGUGGAUCAGGAUUGAUUGGUAUCGGGUCACUUUAUUUUACUUAACCGCAGGCUGGAGUGGGCUUUACUUAAUAAUGGCUUUUGCAACCAUUAUGCUGGGCCUAUUCCCUCCUGCUAGACUUCUCCCUACCCCGGGGAAUUGGGUGAACUGUUAUUGUCCCUGUAGUCUUCUCAGAACUCCCCUCGUGGUUCCUGAGAAUGUGAAUCCACCCAUGGUUGGUUUGUUUGAAUAUACAUUCUUUCUUUUAACCUAUACAGCGCUAGGGCCAAAUUAGCCAUUGGGGAUGUGAUGAAGUCUGCAUCACUUGAAGUCUUUAAAUCAGGACUGGAUAGCUGAGACAGAGAUACUCUAGCUCAACCAGAAGCUAUGGGCUUGCUGCAGGAAUCACUUGAAGACGUUUUCAGGCCUGUGUUAUACAGGAGGUCAGGGAGGCAGUGUGGUCUAGUGGCCUGCACUAGGACUCAGGAGAUCUGGGUCCUAUUCCUGCCUCUGCCACGGGCCUGUUGGGUGACCUUGGGCCAGUUGCUUCCCUGCUCCGUGCCUCAUUUUCCCCAUCUGUAAAAUGGGGAUCAUGAUCCUGACCUCUUUUGUAAAGUAUUUUGAGAUUGAGUGAUGUACAGGGCCAUAGAAAAGCUCGGGAUUAUUAUUAAUAUAGUUCUGGCCUUCAACAUCUUUGACUGAAAUUCUGGCACCCCCCAGGCAGCCAGGCCUCCAUUAGCCAUCACCUUCCUCCCAAAAAAAUCAUUUGCAGAGAGCAGCACAGAGGUGGGGCGUAAGGAAAAGGAGGCAUGGACUACAUAGUUUUGCAGCGCGUGGCCCCCGGCCAAGCAAAGCAUCUCUGUACAGUCCCUUGUGCUGGCUGUCCUUGCUUCUGUCAGGAGUGAUGUACCCUGGGGGCUGUGACAGGGACUGCUGCCAGCUUGGCAACAGGGCAUUUGGGGGGUUCAAUUCUACUUUUUACCUUUCAGCUUUACCCUUCACAUCAUGCAAAGUUUAUUGUUUCUAAAUAGAUUGUUUUAAUCUGAUGGCUGUUGUGUUGUUUCGGGGGGAGAGUUAUGGGUUUUUUGUUUGGUUUGCGGUUUUUUGGCCUUGGUAACCGCUUUUGCUAAAUACAGUGCAAGGUGUAAAGCAGCUCUAUGUCCGAGUACUCAGUGUUCGGUACUGAUUUUAUCAUCUUUGUGUGCAAUAUACAUGAAUAAAACCUUUCCCAUGGGUUUC